GGUUCCUGCCUGGGAGCCGGGAGGGGGCCCUGCCCCAGGCAGAAGUGACGCCAGGAAUCCGGCUGGCGGGGGAUGGUGGUUUCCUUGUAGCUGGAUCUUGCGGCAACCUCCCAGUGAUUGAUGAGUUUGGGUGUUUUUUCAUAAGUUUCUCUCUGUCUCUUUCUUCUCCUUCCUCCACCCCAAUCUCUUCCUCUCACUCUGCCUCUUCCUCUGGAAUUCCCCGCGUUCACCUCCCCUCUUGGAGCCCGCAUUUGGCCAGUUCCCAGGACUCACCAUCCCUGCCCCUCCAUGUCCCUGUCCCUCCCAUCCUGCGGCCUCUCUCCCUCUGUUUGUGAGCAGUCCAGGGAUCUCACCUUUCUGCCCCAUUCCUGGGUCUCAGGAGCUCACCCUCUAUCCGCUCUGCCCAGGAUGUCACAGCUGAGCCUGUCCUGGCUGGGACUGGGGCAGCUGGCAGCCUCCCCAUGGCUGCUCCUGCUGCUGGCUGGGGCCACCUGGCUGCUGGCCCGUGUCUUGGCCUGGAGCUACAGCUUGUAUGACAACUGCUGCCGCCUCCGGUGUUUCCCGCAGCCCCCGAAGCGGAACUGGCUUUGGGGUCACGUGGGCCUGGUGAAGAGCAAUGAGGAAGGCUUGCGGAUGAUAGAGGACCUGGGCCACUGCUUCCGUGAUGUUCACCUCUGGUGGAUUGGGCCCUUCUACCCUGUACUGCGACUGGUCCACCCUACCUUUGUUGCCCCCCUGCUCCAGGCCCCAGCCACCAUCAUACCCAAGGAUAUGUUUUUCUACAACUUCCUGAAGCCCUGGCUGGGGGAUGGACUCCUGCUGAGUGCUGGUGACAAAUGGAGUCACCACCGCCGCUUGCUGACACCUGCCUUCCACUUUGAAAUCUUGAAACCCUAUGUGAAGGUUUUCAACAAAAGUGCAGGCAUCAUGCAUGCCAAGUGGCAGUGCCUGGCCUUGGAAGGCAGCGCCCAUCUAGACAUGUUUGAGCACAUCAGCCUCAUGACCCUGGACAGUCUGCAGAAAUGUGUCUUCAGUUUUGACAGCAAUUGCCAGGAGAGUCCCAGUGAAUAUAUUGCUGCCAUCUUGGAACUCAGUUCCCUCGUGGUGAAACGGCAAGAGCAGAUCUUCCUGCACAUGGACUUCCUGUACAAUCUCACCCCCGAUGGACGGCACUUCCGCAGGGCCUGCAACCUGGUGCACAACUUCACAGAUGCUGUCAUCCGGGAGCGGCGCCGUGCCCUCAUUAGUGGGGGUUCCCAUGACUUCCUCAAGGCCAAGGCAAAGGCCAAGACUAUGGACUUCAUUGAUGUGCUCCUGCUGGCCAAGGAUGAAGAUGGAAAACGGUUGUCAGACGAGGACAUCCGAGCUGAGGCUGACACCUUCAUGUUUGAGGGCCAUGACACCACAGCCAGUGGCCUCUCCUGGGUCCUGUACAACCUUGCAAAGCACCCAGAAUACCAGGAGCGCUGCCGGCAGGAGGUGCAAGAACUCCUGAGGGACCGUGAGCCUCAAGAGAUUGAAUGGGACGACUUGGCCCAGUUGCGCUUCCUGACCAUGUGCAUCAAGGAGAGUCUGCGGCUGCACCCCCCGGUUACAGUCAUUGCCCGCCACUGUACCCAGGACGUCAGGCUCCCCGAUGGCCGGGUCAUCCCUAAAGGGAACAUCUGUGUCAUCAGCAUCUUUGGGAUUCAUCACAACCCCUCUAUCUGGCCAGACCCUGAGGGUUGUCUGGGUAUCUUGAGAAACCCCAACCAGUAGCGCUGCCUCUCUCCACACCCAGGUGUACAAUCCCUUCCGCUUCGACCCAGAAACCCCCCAGAAGAGGUCUCCCCUGGCUUUUAUUCCCUUCUCUGUGGGCCCCAGGAACUGCAUUGGGCAGACAUUCGCCAUGACGGAGAUGAAGGUGGUCCUGGCGCUCACGCUGC